GGUUUUGCUUGGGAUCAGUUUUAAUCCAUUUAAGCGCUGAAAAGUCCAGUUUGAAAAUUGGUAACAAUAUAAACUACAACAGAUACAGAAUCUACCUUAUUUUCAUCGAUAUGUGUGAGGAAAUCGACAUAGUAGUAUUGAUAUAAAAUGGUAUAUAUGUGGAAGGAAAUCGACAUAGUAUGGAUAUAACUUGGUAUCACUUUUUGAUGAAACGAAAGUUAUUCUCAGUUGUACUUUUUUGCAUCAUUCAUCCACAGACAUCAUCAGGAAAUGAGUACACUUUAACUGAUGAAAACUUAUCUUGGACUGAUGCUAUCGAAUUUUGCCAAAAGAAUGGAAGCCAAUUAGCGAAUCUCGGUGAAGCUGUGGCUACGCUAACUACCGAUGAAUGUCUUGAAAGGUUUGAUACAAUGUGGACAGAGACGUUCGCUUCUGCUAGUCCAUAUUUAUCUCUAUUAGGCUGUUUCAAUAAUCAAGGAAACAUCCCUCACUCUAAUCUUAGCAGAGCCUCGGUAGUGGACUGUCAGUUUGAAUGUUCCAGUUCACCUUACUUUGCAAUAUCGGACACAACGUGUUCAUGUCUUGAAAAUGUUACAAGCAGUGGAGACCGUGUAGAUCCCAGUCUUUGUAACAUUACUUGUGAUGGUACAUAUUGUGGAGGACAAGACACCAUGAAUAUUUACUACGUCGUAGACAAAGGCUUUUUCCAAAACAAGACAGUCUAUAGGAAUCCAAAUUUUACCUCCUGUUUAUCAUACCAGUGUUUAGGUCAUAGGAAUGUUUAUCAGGAAGCGGAUUGUGAUGAUAUGUCCAUUUCACUGUCAGAUUGUAGUAACUAUUUUUCAUGCACGUUUGAACCAGGGGAACCCUGUUUUUUUUAUCAGGAUGACGAUGACGAUUUUGAUUGGACAAUACAGAAUAAGGCCACAAAGUAUGGCCCAGUCCAGUCUUAUGGAGGAUCGUACUUUGCCUUUGUUGACGAUGAACAGUACGGGGAGGGAAAUUCGACAACGCUUGUUUCAAAUGUCGGAUUUACAGAUGGUCAGUGGUGUAUUCACUUGCGAUACUACAUACAAAAUGUAUCGACAGAUGCAAGGCUUGAGGUUUUCAAAAGUGGAGAACAGAAUCCCUUUUUUAUCUUUAAAAAAUCUGCCAAUAAGGAAUGGAAAUAUGCGUACAAAAAUAUUAUAAUGAGUUAUGAUGAAAGAGUUAUCUUCAAGUUUACACGUGGUAAGGAGACGUCUGAUUUCGCUUUAGAUGACGUCAUUAUGAUAAAAGGGUCAUGUGAAGAGACAGUGACAUCAAUGUUUAAAAUGAAAGGCGAAAUUAAUUGCAAUUUUGAAGGUAAUGAAGAUGUUUGUUUUCAACAAAACAAAAAAGGCUCUACUUGGACGAUAACUCGGGAUGGAUCGACACCCACAGAAGACACGGGACCAAGUAAAAACAUUGAAGGAAAUUAUUUCCUAUACUUUGCAGCAAACAAAUUUGGGAAUCGUGGAAAGGCUGUUCUCAGUUCUUCAUUUUAUCUAGAAGAUAUUAACAUCACCUUUAGUAUGCAGUAUAGCAUGUAUGGUGAAGACAUUGGACAACUUUAUGUUUACCUAAAGGAUGAAAGGAAUACCACUAGAGAUAUUUUUAAAGAGGAAGGUGAUCAAAGAGAAGGAUGGAAAAAUUUCACUACAAAUAUUACGGUAGAAAGCAAAAAUAAGCUUUACAUCGAAGGGAGUAAAAAUGGUAGUGGAAAUAAAGGGGAUAUUGCAAUUGACGAUAUCAAGAUUAUUAUCAUCGAACCAGGUUUUCAGGAAACCCCCACUGCUGUACAGUUGUACAGUUACAUUAACAAUGUACCUACGUAUGACUGGGAAAUUUAUGAUCCACGGAGAACUAGACCAUUUGUUUGUAAAAGAAUUCUUAAUUCAUCGAGUGAUAGUUGCGUGGUGUUCAGACGUGUGACUAGUAACCAUGCUACAGAGACGACUGACCUAAAUAAUGAUUUAUCAUACAUAUCAAAUUUAGUAGGAAUGGUAAUUCCCAUCGUUGCUGGUGGGUUUACUUUCAUUAUUUGUGUCAUCACUGGGAUAGUAUGUUAUAUAAGGAUGCAGAAAAAGAAGAAGCACCAAAACUCUCCCACUGCUGAAGCUGUUGUGUAUGAUAAUAGUGAUGAAACAUUUGUUUUGGAAACAUUUCCUUCCAAUGAAGCAAGUGAAAAGAAAUUGAAGUACAGGGAAAUACCUCAAAACGCUGGUACUGAAAGCAGAAAAAGAAUGCUGGAAAAUAAUGAUAUUAUUGGAACACCAAGAUUAGAGACAGAGUAUGAUCAUCUUCAUCAGAAGAACAGACCCAGUACAUCAGCAGCAGAUAUCAUGGAUAACAUGUACAGUAGCAUACAAGGCCAUCAACAUGGAACACAAAGUUUGGUGGAUGAUACUUAUGACCAUACGAUCGGAAUGGAAAGUAAAUGUGGCUCGUCUCAGAUAAAUCCUAGUGUAGAUGAUUUUUACGAUCAGGCUCAAUUGUCUGAAAAUGUGACGUCAACAACAGACGACUUUUACAGUCACGUGACGGGCGACAAGAUCGAAUCACAAAACAUGUUGGUAGAUUACCAUAUGACGGAACAGGGGAAAUAAAUAUGGAACAUCACUUAUAGAUAAUAAUGUGAAUAAUACUUACGACCAAGCACAAUUUCUGCCUGAAACGCAGGAAUCGCCUAAAAAUAAUUCUCAAGAUUCUGAAAUAGUUUACGACCAAGCAACAUG